GUAAAAAUCUAUGUUUGUGGUCAGCAGGUAAGUUGCAAAGAGGACCUGGUCCUACCCGUGGCACUGGUACAAAGGGUUCUACCACUGAAGUCACAGGAGCAACCUCUAUGAAUAAAGCCCUUCUGUAGAGGAGUGUUCCUGAGGACCAUGGGAGUAUGCUGCUAGCAGAGGUUCUGCUGGAAGAAUGUUUGAAGGAAAACUUUGCCAAACUGAAGGACUCCAUUCCACUGACAGAGAAGAAUGAACCAAAACUGAGUGAAGCUAAACAGUAUCUGACCAGUAUCUUAAGCAGAGGAAAACUAAGGCCUAAGUAUAUGACUGAAGCUAUGCUGAUCCUAGGAAAGCUUCAUUAUGUGGAGGGAUGCUACAGAGAUGCCAUCAGCAUGUAUGCGAGAGCAGGCAUUGAUGACCUCUCAACCAAAGAUGAACCUCUGUACAUGCUGCGUUUGAUAACUGAAGCCUUUGUUAUUAAAGGUAUGUCACUGGAGCGCUCAACCAACUCAAUUGCCUCACGUGCUCGACUGUGUGAAAGGGAGGAGGAAGUCAUGGCUUGUUUUGAGAGAGCGUGUGUCAUUGCCCAGGUGUACUUGCAGGAGCUUGAGAAGACCUUAAACAACACACAUUCAAGAAGUAUGAAGGGCAGCAACAUGACUUACUCCGAGUUUGAACUUUCCUACUUUCUGGAAGCAGCUCUACAGAGUGCCUACGUGACUCAUUUAAAGAAGGGAAAUAUUGUGAAAGGAAUGAGGAGUCUGCGAGAAAUACUACGGACUGUGGAAACAAAAGCUACUCAGACCUUCAAAAUGACUGCAGCUAAACAGCUAGCCCAAGUACUUCUCCAUUCCCUCAGUGAAGACUGUUACUGGAGCCCUUUAUCUGAUCCGCUUCCUGAGUUCAUGAACAAGGAAUAUCAGUCGUAUGUUAGCAAUCUUCUUUGUCGGAGGCCUGAGCUGUACACAGAAGAGAAUGUGUACUGCCCUCAAGACAACGUAGAAGAGGCUCUUCUUCUCCUCUUAAUCAGUGAAUCUAUGGCAAACCGGGACGCAGUGAUCAGCCGAGCCCCAGACCAGCAGGAUGACCGAGCCGUCAGCCUCCAGGAUGCCUCUGCAGUCUACGACCUCCUCAGCAUCACACUGGGCAGAAGAGGGCAGUAUGUGAUGCUGUCUGAGUGCUUGGAGAGAGCCAUGAAGUUUGCAUUUGAUGAGUUUCACCUCUGGUACCAGCUUGCCCUGUCCAUGGUAGCUUGUGGAAAGUCGGCAUAUGCUGUGUCAGUGCUCAAAGAAUGUGCUAAACUGCGACCUACAGAUCCCACCGUUCCUCUUCUGGCUGCCAAGGUCUGCAUUGGGUCGCUGCACUGGCUGGAAGAAGGAGAACACUUUGCUAAAAUGGUGAUAGACCUGGGUGAGGAUGCCGGAGAGUCCCUAGCAAAGGGUUACCUGGCACUGGGCCUGACAUACAGUCUUCAAGCUACUGAUGCUAUUCUGAAGGGCACUCAGGAUGAAUUAAACAAGAAAGCACUUCAGACUUUGGAGAGAGCACGGGACUUGGCCCCAGAGGAUCACCAAAUCAUCCUCUACCUCUCACUGCAGCUGGCUCUUGUCAGACAGAUUUCAGAUGCUAUAGACCAUCUUCAAGAAGCCCUGCAACUGUGCAAAGAUGACAUGAAUUCACUUCAUCUACUGGCUCUCCUCUUUUCAGCUCAGAAGCACUAUCAGCAUGCACUGGAUGUUAUCAACAUGGCUGUUGCUGAAUACCCAGAAAGCUUUAGCUUACUCUUCACCAAAGUAAAACUGGAAUGGAUACAUAAAGGACCUGAAGAGGCUCUGAUCACAUGCAGACGUAUGUUGCAGAUGUGGCAGAUGGUAUAUAAUGUUUCACAGCACAGUGGCUCUGAGAAAUGCAGUAGUGUGACCGAAACACCGGUGAUCAAAAGGCAUAACGGACUGCAUCUCACUCUCCCAGAUGCUCAUGAUACCGAUUCUGGGUCACAACGAGCCUCUUCCCUUGCUGCAUCGAGACUGGAACAGGCCAUGUCUGAAAUAACUAUGCAGAGCAGCACAAUGAAGCAGGGACCUAUGCAACUGUGGACAACUCUUGAACAAAUUUGGCUACAAGCUGCUGAACUCUUCAUGGAACAGCAGCAUCUCAAAGAAGCAGGCUUUUGCAUCCAGGAGGCAGCUAGUCUUUUCCCCACGUCUCAUGCUGUAUUGUACAUGCGUGGGAGGUUUGCAGAGAUGAAAGGCAAUUUGGAGGAGGCUAAGCAAUUGUAUGAUGAAGCGCUCACAGUGAAUCCAGCUGGAGUGGAAAUUAUGAACAGCCUGGGCCUGGUGCUGAGCAGACUUGGGCGGAGGGAACUGGCCCAGAAAGUCCUCAGAGAUGCCAUCCGUAUCCAGACCACCAGCCACAUUGCCUGGAACAGCCUUGGAGAGGUCUUGCAAGCUCAGGGGAAAAACGAAGCAGCCAUCGAGUGCUUCCUUACUGCACUGGACCUUGAAUCCACCAGUCCUGUCAUUCCAUUCACUGUCAUACCCAGGGAGCUCUGAAGCUUUUCCCUGCAGCUAAGCACCUUCGUUCCCUGGACAGACACCAAAACCAAAUAAAUAAACAAAGAAAAAGCCCAACAGAAAAGUGCCAUUGUAACCUGGAACUGGGACAUGUAAUUCCAGGAUGGGGCUCAGGUCUACAUGCUUAGCUGAGACAAGCUGAACUGUAGAAGAAUUUGCAACACGCAGAAAUAGAGAAUGCCUUUUUCUUCACAGGUGCCUGGCUAACCUCCUGUUAAAGUUAGUAUCAAGGCUUAUUUCAAAGUGUUGGUUUAAGGUGACUGUAGAAAGAUCAUGCCAGGGUACAGCUGUUCAAAGCACUUGCACCUUCAGUGUUCAUUAAAGAUAAAACCCCAAGCCCUGAAUUAAAGCCCAGACCUGCUCUAAACAGGAGUAAAUGCACCAACUAAUUUGACCAAGUUGUGCUUAAACAUGUGGCUGCCUCCCCACAGAUCUGACAGGACAAGAAUGACAAUUGCACCAAAUAGACAUGUAGUAUAUGCUGUUCACAAAAUUAUUUCAGCUAUUUUGAUAAUCCUUUUUCCUGCCUUGCUUUUAUAUACUGCAUAUGCUCACUGUAUUUAGUGUAGCACUUGCCUAGACCAAUUUAAAUUAAAAAUACUUAUUUUUUAGAAAAGCUAAUAUUGCAGUAUAAUUCACAAAAGCAGAAAGACCAAAGACCAAAUCAGUUCACACUUGAACUAGUAUUAAAAGCAUAUAUGUAUCUUCACUUACAUAUUUAUUGAAAGGCUUUACAUGAAGUAGCUAACUCUAAGCUUCAUUCUUAUUAAUCACCUCUUGCAUCACUUUUAGUGAGGAAUAUAGUGUUUACCAUUAUAUAGUGACUGAACUCUGCACUCUACUGCAUUACCAUUCCUGACACAAAACAUUUUCAUAUCCAUCUUUUCAUGAUACAAAAGAUACCAGCAGUCUCUUAAGGGAAAGUAUGCUGAAGGCAGUGUGUGUAUAUAUGAAUUACUUCUUUCUUGAAACUAAAUCUUUGGAUUGUCCUCAGAAAUUUCACAUGAGAGGUAUGGAGUUGAGCCUUCAGCGGAGCAGGAUCAAUUUGCGUAUCGUAUCAGAUGUAAGAGUGAAGAGCUUCUAAUCCGCACAGCCUCCCCAUGGCUGGCACAGCCAGGGCAGGGGACACAGCUGGCAGUACCCCCUGCUAAGCUGCUCCUUAGCUCUGCUUGACCUCCCUGGGGCCUUGGCAGCACGGUGGAGCUGUACUGUGCUGUCACACAACCCAUGGGAGCCAGCCCUGUCCAGACCAGUCCCAAGACAAAAAUGAUGCAGAAAUUUGCUGCAGGCACUUUUCUACAAAAAAAAAAAAUGUUGGGGCUUUGUGCCUAUUUUUGUCCAAAGAAGAUUUGUGACUAUUUCAUAAGUAAGUUUGCACUAAAACAUACCUUGUACUAUAAUUCCUCCCAGUAUUGUGAUCCUUAACUAGUUCACUCUGGAAAUAAUAAUAUCCUUAGGCAAUAAAUGAAUUGGUGUUAUUUCUUAAAGAGCCUGAGGCUCUGGCAGCAGACUUGAAGUCAGCAUUGUUUACAAUUAUUUGGAAAUCUGCGGGGUAAUGGAGAGUUAGGCCCUUGCAGUGCUCCCAGACCACACCAUGGCAGAGCUCCUGCCCCCAGCCUUCCCUCAAGAUGUGCUCACCAAGGGAAUUACACUGUUCUCAGGUUUCUCUCAGCAGCCUGGUGCAAUGCCAGGCCAAUAUUUUUACCUUUUCCCAUUAAAUCAUCCUGGUGCAAUAGCCCAGAUUAUUUAUCUAUUCACUGAGGGAUUCCAGGUCUGAUCUAGGCUGGUUUCAAUCCAGGUGAAAGUAGCCCAGCCAUGAAAAAGUGCUUGGCCCAUGAGUUCUCUGGCUUUCCAGUACCACACAGGCACCAAAACUGACUUUUUUGGGCCAGAGGCAGGUUUCCAAGGAGACAGUGUUACCCGGACGCAUGUCUUGUUUGCAAUAGCACCAGCAGCAGAGGAAAGAGUAGGUGUUAAAGUACCAGAAUUAAAUGAGUUUCAUGAAGACAAAAAGACACAGCCGAGGCCUAUUUUGGUGUGAAGGAUGCUAUGAAGUCAUCUUGCUCUGCACUGCAGUGGGAAAGAGGGAAGGGGGAGGGGUAGAGAUGCUGCUGUUGGCAUAAUAUGCAAAUUGUUACCCAGGUGUUUUAAACCCAGUUCCACAGUCAGAUGCAAUCUGACAAUACAUUUAUGUAGAGACAGAUAUAGAUACAUGUUAUAUUCUGGUAUUUGUUCUGCUCCACAGUUUCCAGGGUGGAAGCAAACCUUUUGUGUAAGACACAAAAAAAGAGUCAGUGUGGUCCAA